UCAGCAAGGAUCAGGUGAAAAAUCAAUCAUCGUAGUCUUCAUGCAGUGCACGUGAAAUCUCAGUGCGUCUCGUUUUUGACCAAAAUUCGUUCCGUUGACUUUUCGUCUCCAGUGUUCUUGUUCGUGCUUCGACGGGAAGGGGUCGAGUUUUGGCGGGAAAGCCGGAUGGGAGCGAUAUUCGGCGGGAAAACCGGAGAGCAGCGAUCUUUGGCGGGAAAACUGCCAAUCAAGUUACGUUAGCUGGAGGGAAAAAAAGGAGGAAGGAAAACUGCAUGGGAUCGAGUUUUGGCUAGGAAACCGGAGAGGAGCUCGCUUUUGGCGCUUUGGCGGGAAAGAGCCCGAGAAAAUCGAGUUUUGACGCGUAAUGGUUGCAGGCACUGAGUGAGGUAAAGGGUAACGGUGCAUUGCCAUUACGAUCAUAGCGAGCGAGCGAACGAGAGAGAGAGAGAGAGAGAGAGAGAGAGAGAGAGAGAGAGAGAGAGAGAGAGAGAGAGAGACGUAACUGAAUAGAGGAAGAUAGCUGGUAUCGCUGCGUAUUAGUGGAAGGACGGUAGCUGUGAUUAGUGGAGCGGGGGAAGGGGAAGGGGGGAGGAGGCAGAGGGGAGGUGGGGGACAGGACGGGCCAUCGCUGUGGUCACUUGAAUCUUCUGGCUUCGUUAGGGAGAAGCUUCUAUCUCUCUGUCUCUCUUUCUCUCUCUCUCUCUCUCUCUCUCUCUCGCUCGCUCUCUCUCUCUCCGUUGUCUUUCCCUAAGGGGCGCCACGUCAUCGAUCUGAUUUAGAGAUUAGGGGAUCGAGGCCGGCAUUGGUUGAGGGCGGGGGGUAGGAAAGGCGCCACGUGAGCCAUCUCCACGUCAUCGGUCUGGAUCUCCUUAAUUAGUUAGCUGAUCAUCACCACUGCUCUCUCUCUCUCUUUCUCUCUCGCUCUCUCACAGAGUAUGCACGUAGAAGGAGCAGAGACCUACAGAUCGGGAUCGCGAUUCCAUUUUCAGCGAGUGCGUUACUGAGGAGGGGGUGAGUUGUGGACCUCAAAUAGGUAGGUAAGCAGACCUGUGGAUAGCGAUCGCGACUCCGUGCAGGUGGUGGAGUCAUCCCGAUCGCGACUCCAUCCAUUGAUCCAUUGUCAUCACUACCGCUACGUCGUCAUCGUCAUCACGAUUGCCACGUCAUCCCUCCCUCUCUCCAUCGCGCUCGUCUCACCGUUAUCGCGAUCGCAAACCGCCACGUCAUCGUCGCGAUCGCAAACGCCACGUCAUUGUCGCGAGCGCAACCGCCACGUCAUUGGCGCGAUCGCAACCGCCACAUGAUUGUGGCCUUUGCGAUUGCCGCGUCAUUGUCGAAGUCGCGAUCGCAACCGCCACGUCAUUGUUGCAGUCGCGAUCGCAACCGGCACGUCAUUGUCGCCUUCGCGAUUGCCAACGUCAUCGUCGCGGUCGCGAUUGUCACGCAAUUGUCGCGAUCGCGCCACGUAAUCGUCGUCGGUAUCGGGAUGUCAUCGAUUUGUCUUUAAUACUGUUUUGGUAUAGGGUGCUCUGAUUAUAUAUGUCUCGCUAAGGCGAAGAAUCCGUCUUUAUCUUGUUCUUACUAAGCAAACACGCAAAGAGAGAGAGAGAGAGAGAGAGAGAGAGAGAGAGAGAGAGAGAGAGAGAGAGAGAGAGAGAGAGAGAGAGAGAGAGGUGGGGCGGAGUGGAGUGGAGGAGAGAGACGAGGAUCGUUCUUCAUUAUUCAGUUGGAGUGCACGAGAAGAACAACACGGCGUUUUGUCGUUUAGUGCGCCGCCAUGUCCACGUCAUCAUCCUGUGACAGCAGUCGGCGAUGGCGCGCAGCUUUCUUCGUCUUCUUCUGUUUCCUCGAGACAGGUAACGUUGAUGA